AUGGCCUGGAAAUGGGACAGACCCAGGAUCUGGUGGCCCACGGUGCUGGCCCUGCUGGUGCACAGGGUGGUGGCCCAGCUGCUCCCCCAGCCCGAGCUGGAUGCCCAGUGGGACCUGUGGAAGAAAACCCACCGCAAGCAGUACAACGGGGAGGCAGAUGAAGUGGAAAGGAGGCUGAUCUGGGAGAAGAACCUCAAGUACAUCAACACCCACAACCUGGAGCACUCCCUGGGCAUCCACACCUUCGAGCUGGCCAUGAACCACCUGGGUGACAUGACCAGCGAGGAGGUGGUGAGGACCAUGACGGGCUUGAAGGUGCCCCGUGGCCACCCACGCCACAACGAGACCCUUUAUGUCCCCAACUGGGCUGAGAGAGCCCCGGCUGCUGUGGACUGGAGGAAGAAGGGCUACGUGACACCCGUCAAGAACCAGGGCCAGUGUGGCUCCUGCUGGGCUUUCAGCUCGGUGGGUGCCCUGGAGGGGCAGCUGAAGAGGAAGACGGGGAAGCGGCUGACCCUGAGCCCCCAGAACCUGGUGGACUGCGUGGCCAACAACGACGGCUGCGGCGGCGGGUACAUGACCAACGCCUUCGAGUACGUGCGGCGCAACCGCGGCAUCGACUCCGAGGACUCCUACCCCUACAUCGGCCAGGACGAGAGCUGCAUGUACAGCCCCACCGGCAAAGCCGCCAAGUGCCGCGGCUACCGGGAGAUUCCCGAAGGGAACGAGAAGGCCUUGAAGAGGGCAGUGGCCAGGAUCGGGCCCAUCUCCGUGGGCAUCGAUGCCAGCCUGCCCUCCUUCCAGUUCUACAGCCGAGGCGUGUACUACGACGAGAGCUGCAACGGCGCCAACAUCAACCACGCGGUGCUGGCCGUGGGCUACGGCGCCCAGAAGGGCACCAAGCACUGGAUCAUCAAGAACAGCUGGGGCGAGGAGUGGGGUAACAAGGGCUACGUGCUCCUGGCCCGCAACGCCGACAACGCCUGCGGGGUGGCCAACCUGGCCAGCUUCCCCAAGAUGUGA